UCCGAGUCCUCCCACGUGGUAUAUCCGGCUGCCCCGAGAGCGCCCCUGCCUCAUUCGCCGCGUGGAGAGAGUGAGGGAGAGAACAUGGCGGAGGGUUCUAAGAAGAAGAAGCGGCGGAGCCAGACCCUGGGGGAGAUCGCAGAUAUUCAGCAUGAAGGAAGCUUUCUCAUUCAGCCAGAAUCCAGAGUUGCCAAGUUAGAUACGUCGCAGUGGCCUCUGUUGCUCAAGAACUUUGAUAAGCUGAAUGUUCGGACAGCGCACUACACCCCUAUUCCAUCUGGCUCCAAUCCCUUGAAGAGAGACAUCACUGAAUAUGUUAAAACAGGAUUCAUUAACUUGGAUAAACCAGCAAACCCAUCCUCGCAUGAGGUGGUAGCAUGGAUUCGCCGUAUUUUGAGGGUGGAGAAAACUGGUCACAGUGGAACAUUGGACCCAAAAGUAACUGGUUGUUUGAUUGUAUGCAUUGAUCGUGCUACCAGGCUUGUGAAAUCCCAGCAGAGUGCAGGUAAAGAGUAUGUUGGAAUUGUAAGACUUCAUAAUGCGCUGGAGAAUGAAUUGCAACUCUCACGGGCACUAGAGACUCUCACCGGUGCGCUCUUUCAACGGCCCCCUCUUAUAGCUGCUGUGAAGAGGCAGCUGCGUGUAAGAACAAUCUAUGAGAGCAAAUUAAUAGAAUAUGACCCAGAGCGUAGAUUGGGUAUAUUCUGGGUUAGCUGUGAAGCUGGUACAUACAUCCGCACUCUAUGCGUACACCUUGGGCUGCUGCUUGGGGUUGGUGGACAGAUGCAGGAGCUCCGCAGGGUCCGUUCAGGAGUUCUGGGGGAGAAGGAUAACCUAGUCACAAUGCAUGAUGUAUUGGAUGCUCAAUGGCAAUAUGAUAAUAAUAAAGAUGAAACCUACCUUCGUAGAGUUAUUUUCCCACUAGAAAAGCUUCUGGUAUCUCAUAAGAGAUUGGUCAUGAAGGACAGUGCUGUCAAUGCUAUAUGUUAUGGGGCAAAGAUCAUGCUGCCUGGUCUUCUGAGGUAUGAGGAUGGCAUUGAAAUGAACCAGGAUAUUGUGGUAGUGACAACUAAAGGGGAAGCCAUCUGCAUAGCUACUGCUCUUAUGACUACGGCUGUAAUAUCUACAUGUGACCAUGGUAUUGUGGCGAAGAUUAAACGUGUUAUUAUGGAGAGGGAUAUCUAUCCACGGAAAUGGGGCCUCGGUCCAAAGGCCAGUCAGAAAAAGAUGAUGAUUCAGAAAGGACUGCUUGACAAGCAUGGGAAGCCCAAUGAAAACACCCCAGACAGCUGGAGCCACGGAUAUGUUGAUUACGGCGCAUCACAGAAAGCAGGGACUCCUUCAGUGAUGAAAACCCCAAAGAGAGAACAUGAAGGUGACACAGAAAAUAGUGACGUAGCCUCUCCAAUGCCUUCCAGCAAAAAGAAAAAAAAGAAACCUGCAAGCGAUGCAGAAAACAGUGAUGUGGCCACUCCAGUGACCUCUGGCAAAAAGAAAAAACGAAAACAUGAAAGUGACGCAGAAAAUAGUGAUGUGGCCACACCAGUAACCUCCAGCAAAAAGAAAAAAAAGAAGAAGGCGGAGAGUGAUGGUGACACUCCGGCUGCAGAAGUGGUCAAGAGUGAACAGGAGAGUGGUAGUGAGGCUGAAGGCACCUCACUUAAAAUAAAGAAGAAACGGAAACACCAGGUGGAAGAUGACCAGUCACUGACAGAAUCUCCAAAGCUGUCUAAAAAAAUGAAGAAGAAGAAACACCGAGAACCAUCCGACUAGCAACAAGACCUGGGUCUCCAGUACAGUGCUGGAAUGUGACCUGGCACUGUUGGGAAGGCCUUGAAUAAAGUUAUCCUGUUUUAAGGAUUGUACAGAACUUUGUAUUUUUUAUUUUAAUAUCCUUGUCAUGAUAUCAUGAAAUUCAUAGGUGCCUCAAUGUACUAGUUUCAGAGUAACCUUAAUUAAGGUAUUGGAAUGGUCCUUGGAUACUUUUUGUAAACAACUUGAAUUAGUGUGAUAUAUUUUUGUCAAUAAACUGUAUAUACAGUA